CCAAACUCACGUGUCACCUUUCCUGCAACUCUGGGCCAACUAGUGCUCUACAUUUGCCCCGUAUCAUUACCUUCAUACACAAUCCCAGGAUUGCCCCAGUUGCGGCAUAUACGCCCUGCUAGGCGGCGCUAUCCUAUACUUUCACGUCCGUUCUACUACCUUGCUUCCGUGCGGUGGUAAACCCCAUCGUCGUGUGCCUGAAUACCAACCCCCGGACUGCUUAAUAUUGGUGCUUAGAUACUAGGGACCCGUCACUCUCCAUGGCGACUAGUCCGGAAGAACAGAUUGAUACUUGCCGCAUUUGCAGUGGGCCCGCAGAGCCUGGGGAGCCCUUAUUUCAUCCAUGCAGAUGUUCAGGGACUAUUCGAUACAUCCACCAGGAUUGUCUAACCACCUGGCUACAACACAGCAAGAAAGGCAGCUGUGAUGUGUGCAAGACUGAGUAUGCCUUCCAGAAAGUAUAUGACCCAGAUAUGCCCGAGAGGCUGCCUGCACUUCUUUUCAUACGUCGCUUGGCCGUUCAAGUGCUCCAUUGGAAGUUAUUUGCUUUGAGGACUGUCGUUAUUGCUACAAUAUGGCUGGCCUUCCUGCCUUAUACCACAGUUUGGGUGUGGAGACUUUAUUUCUGGGCUGGUGAACAUAUUGCUUGGAAGACUUAUGGCGAGGAACGACCUUCUUUGUCUCCCCCAUCACCUCUGAAUGUCCCUGCCAACUUAACUGCUUCUGAAUCGUCACCAUCUUCAGCCAACAGAUUAUUCCUCACUACCCUCCUAUCGAAGCUGCCAAAGAGCGAAGUGUUCCACGAUGUAUGGGGCGAUAUUCUCACCGGCCAAAUCAUUGCGGCCCUCAUCAUCGUUUUAUUCCUUGCCGUGUUUCUCUUGCGUGAAUGGAUUGUGCAGAAUGCUCGUCCUGGAAUUUUUGGGGAGCCUGUGGUACCUGACGGAGCGGAGGAGGCUCGCCCUGCAGCUGCAGGCCAGGAUCCCCACCAACCGGACCAGCCCGACGUAAACCAAGGAGAGCUCCAGCCAGAGAAUGUCGUCGCGUUCCCCGCAGCUCAGGGCCAAGGCCAAGGCGAAGAGCUCGCAUUCAGGUUUCUGAAUCGACGACUCGAGCGCGGACGACACCUUGGACAAAGAAGGGUAGAACAGGCCGACGGCGCACCAGUACCAGUCCGUGAUGACCUGGGGCGCGUAGCCCACCAUCACGCUGGGCGGAGAGCCAAGGUACAGCUUAUGGCUCCACAUCCCCAAUUCGCUGAACAAGGUGUCCCUCGCCGCCGGCGGGUGCAGCUGAAAAGGCUCCGCGGGACCACCGGAAUAACCGAUGACGUCGAUGUCAAUUUGUUGGAUGAUCAUCCGUCGGAACCUGAGCAGGAUCAUUACGCACCAGGUUCCAAUCCCGAACUGGAACGUAUCCGGAUGAGAACUGAAUGGGAAAGAUACUUUGCUCGGCCAGAGAAUACAACGAUCGAAAUGAAUUCAGAUUUCGCUACCUCAUCCCGAUACUCCUUUGCGUCGACGGCUUCCUCUUCAGACGUGGAUGAAUCUACCACGACUUCAUCUGGAAAAGAGCUCCCCGCCACGUAUAGUGCGUUUGUUCUAGCAUGUUCAAUUCCCUUGCCUCCUUCUCCAGAAGCGCGAUCACUGGACCUCCCGUAUGAGGCCUCUUCCAUACCUCCCAUCUUCCCUUCAGAUCCAGCUAUGAUUCCUCUUCCGCCCAGUCCAUCUUCAAGUCACGAUGACCAGCGUUCCACCUGGGAGGUCAAAACCCCUCGAUGGGUACAGAAGCUGGCUGAGAAACCUCAAGAUGAGGGUGAUCAAAAACAGAGCAUGUUUUCUCCUCCGCCUCUGAACCCUAGCGCGUUGCAUCAGGACGACGAGUCAGAUAUUUUCGCCCGCGAAGCUCGCGUAUCUACGUCCUCUUGGGAUUCUUGGGGCCAGACCGGAUCCCCCUCGGCGUCAUCCUCAUACCACCCUAUACCAGACUCAUUACCAUCAUCGAUCCACGUUGAUUCUCUCGUGCCUGGGCCAUCGACACAUCACGUCGCUUCCAUCCCACGGCGCCCGCAUCUUCCUCCUACGACCCCCAACGAGGAGCUUCCGCCACCUUCGCCGCGGCCAUCGCAUGCCCGGCCAUCCCCGCUCCCCACUGCCCAUGGGGCUCAUACCCAACUUGGGCAUGCGUCACCUCACCCUGCAUCGUCAAAAUUACGUGACGCGACGACACCGAGCGGGAUUGAUUUUGGGAAAGCUACGUAUCGCGCACCAGAAGAUCUCGAUCUCGCGACCAGUUAUUUUCCAACUUCCACACAGGAUGCUCCGGAGGGUGGCGAGGAGACAGACAUUGACGAUCAAGAUGAUGACUGGGGGAUGGAGAGGGGCCCCCUAGCGCAGGAGGAUGACAUUGAUGUACAAGAGCAACUACCCGUCCCUGGACACCAUGAAAUUCGAGAAAGGCGACAAGGAGCAAUUGCAAAUGAAGAGCGACGAUUAAGACAACAAAUUGAUAAUGAGGCGGCAAGACAGAAUUGGGAUGCUAACGCACCCAAUGCUCCGAACAAUGAUGAAGCGGAAAUGGUGGAAGGAGGGGAAGAUGAUAUGGAUGGCCUCCUUGAAGCUGUCGGCAUGCGCGGACCUUUGUUGGCAAUCGUCCAGAACGUCGCGUUGAUUAUCCUCAUUUUGGAUAUGACAAUCGGUGGAGCUGUCUGGAUUCCCUUCACCAUCGGACGAUCACUAGCUCUCAACCUAAUGAAACCACGUAGAUUGCUAUUUGUUCUUCAUUUACCAAUUCGUAUCGUGCGCCUUGCCACGGAUCCUAUUGUGGACGUGUUCCUAUGGUUCCUUCGCCCAGCAUCCACGCAUCUGUUCGGGGUAUUAUCGGAGGUCUGGAAGCUUCGGGCUUCUCAUGCCCCGGAUUCAGCAGUCCGCCUGGAUUCCAUCUACGACCAUGUUUCUAACCGACUCAAGCAAAUCUUGGCGUCCGCUGGUUCGAAAAUUUUUCCUCUCGCACACUCGACCUCCCACAUUGACCAGCUGCUCAUGCGACUAUCGGAUCACUUUGAAUCGUACAUCCCGGUUCAGUCAAAGACCGCCCUUUUAGCUGGACGGGCACGGGCCAGGGAGAUUUACAGCGCUUAUGGCCGGGUCAUGGCCUCUCGAUGGAAGGCUUUGGCAACUGGGGCUGGACCAAGUGAACAGCUCUUUUCUGUAUUCCUAGGUUACGUCGCCUUGCUUGGUUUCGGAGGUAGUUUCCUUGCAAGCGGGAUUCUAUACUCCGGAGCUUCAACGUUCGUAAGAAGCGCCAUUACACAACAAUUGAUAGUUGUGAAGGUUGCAGUGUUCAUCUUAAUCGAGCUUGUUGUCUUCCCCUUUGGUUGCGGGAUCAUACUGGACAUCUCGACCUUGCCCCUCUUUAAGGAUGCCACAAUAUGGACCCGGCUUGAGUACUGUGCCAGUGUCCCUUUGACGGCUGUCUUCUUCCAUUGGAUGCUUGGCACCAUGUUCAUGUAUCAAUUUGCAAUGCUUCUCGCGGCAUGUCGAGGAUUAAUGCGCAAGGGUGCCAUGUGGUUUAUAAAAGAUCCUGCUGACCCCUCGUUCCAUCCCAUUCGAGAUAUUCUCGAUCGCCCCGCCCUUUCUCAGCUGAGGAAAUUAGGUGUGAGCGCUUUGAUGUAUUCUUUCGUAAUUCUUGGUGGAGUAGGCGCGGCGAUCUACUAUCUGCGUUAUUUCUGGACUCCAUUUCACAUGCUUCUUCCCUUGCGUUGGGAUGCAAAGAACCCUAUUAGUGAAAUACCAAUCGAUUUACUAUUUCUUCACAUUGUGGCCCCAGCCAUCAUCGAAUCUGUCAAUGUUCGUGACACUUUAGUCCGGGCCACGACCAUUUGGUGGGAACACGCUGCACAUGAGCUGAGGCUCACCUCAUACAUGUUUGGUCAACGGGUUGCUGAAGAGGAGCAACAAUCAGUUUUCUCAUGGCGGCGUCUUCCGCUUAUCCGGAAUAGACCAUGGGCCGCAGUUCAUGCAGCAAAUCAACCAGCCCCUGUUCGCGAUGGAUCAUUCGUGCGUGCUCCUGCUGGUGACAGUAUCGCGUUCCCGGAAAAUGAACGUCAGAUGCUCGUAACCACUGACGAAAAUGGCAACCCGCUAGACGACGAAGGCAGAAGGCUCAUUGAAGUACAAGAUGCGGCUGCCCUUGCUGCCCACCGUACUGUAGCAGACGAUUAUACGGUUCUCUAUCUCCCCCCUAAUUUCAAAUAUCGAAUAAUGGCUUUCAUAAUGUAUCUGUGGCUCACAAGUGUCGGCAUCGCCACUGUCGCGGUCGACACUCCCAUCCUAUUCGGUCGAUUGCUCUUGGAUCGCCUCGUUGGUCAUGCUACGCAUGACGGAUACUCAUUUAUCAUUGGUGCUUCAUCGUUCUGGGCGCUCAUCACAUUCGGACGCUUUGUUGUUCGUCAGUAUCAGGGGGUUCAGGACUUGCGACAGACGUGGCGGGCUACAUGGCAGCUCGGAAACGCGCGUCCUGACACCACGGCCCUAGGUGUUGAUCCACUCUAUACAGAGAUUGGGCAUGGUGUCGUGUGGAUUGGGAAGCUUGCUGUCCUGACAAUUGCGCUUGGCUUUAUCAUACCCCUCCUUCUGGCUCUUGUAGUCGAACUCUACAUCAUCCUCCCUAUUCGUAUCGGACUGUUCCCAAUGGAACAACGUGCUCCGACAAUUUACAUCUGGGAAGAUUGGGCUCUUGGUCUUGUUCUCUUCAAUAUCGCCCUUCGGAUGGCACGACUGCAGAAUCCGCCAGCUAUUGUAGCCGCCUGGGACGCGAUGGUUGACAAUGGUGUUACCUUCCUUGAUUUCCAUCAUGCAAUGGUUCACUUUGCGUGGCCCGUGAUUUCUGGUCUCCUUCUCAUGAUUGCCGCACCUGGGAUCAUACCUUUCUCCCUAACGAAAGUUUUGCAUGUCGAAGUCCCAGACAACCUGUCCAUUCGCACGAUCUAUCCGGCAAUCUUCAUUGGAGCGUGUACAGUCACGAUGACCUCCACCACAGUCAACUAUUUGGAGAAAUGGGCACAGACUGUUAGGGACAGCGAAUUCUUAAUAGACAAGCGGCUCCAAAACUUGGAACCUGACGGGACACGGAGCAUUCCUGACAUCCCAGCUCGUUCUUCAUCAAUCAGACAAAAUCAUGGCUGA